AUGAUUCGUCACUUUUUCCUCACACUCUUUGCACUGCUCGGCGCAUCUCUACUUAACACAGCUCACGCGACAAACGCCAGUUCUGUAUCGUACAACGCCCUCGCGCUCACUUCCUCCUUUCCUGACGAAGUUUCCCCUUCGUGCAAAGAAAAUUUUUCCAAAGAGCAGUUGGAAAAAGCGCGAGAGAUUUUUCUCAUAUGCCCGGACGCCGGCGUAAACGCCGCGAAAGAGUGCAGCGCGCAUUUCGCGGACGAUAUCGUGUACACGGACGGUUCCGUCGUCGGUAGAAAUCGAUCCGAGGUCGAGUUGCUGUUUAAAAAUCUACUCUCGGAAGAUUUAGUCGAGGAGUGGAGUUUAGAGGUGUAUCGAGAAGUGUGCGAAGAUGACUUGUACGUGCCUUUUUUCAUGUACAACACGACCGGUUGGAAAUUCGGCGAGUUGAAAACGGAUCCGAUUGAGAACGUGCCCGGUGUUUCGUUUAUCAAGUUCAACGCAGAUUUUAAAGUAUACGACUGGCGAGACUUUUUCGGUGAGGGCAAACUGUACGAACACGUGCCUUUGAUCGGUUCGUUACUCGCGGAGAAGAAACGGUGUUUGUUUUCAUUCUUAGGAGAUGAGAACGAGAAGCAACGUUGUAAAGAUGAAGUCACGCAACCAAUCAUGGCUGUCCUUGCAGACGGGUCUGAGAAAACCUUGCCAAACGAGGUUUCUCCGUCGUGUUCGAAAUACUUUACGAGUGAAAAAUUGGAAGCGGCUCGCGACGGCGUGCACUGCGCUGAAAAUCGCCAGCGUCUCUACUCGGAAGAAUCGGUGUACACAGACGGGCUUUACUCUGCUAACAAUAUAUCCGAAAUCGAUGAAACAUUGAACAACAUGUGCUCUACGUACAUUUACGGACGCAACUGGACCAUAUCUGCCGAACUGUGUACAAAAGAUGGCACCUAUAUCUCGAGACAAUUCCUCAAUGCCGAUCCUUCGUUCGAAGGCGUAUCCUUCGUGCGCGUAGACGAAAACUCGAAAGUCUUCUAUCGUCAGGAUUAUUUACCAGAAUUGAAAAUUUACGAAAGAGACGCACAAAUCGGUAGUUUACUCGGCAGAAUAGUUAAGGGUUACGUGGAUUGCUUGACCUCCGAUGGAGGCUGCGAGACUUUUUCUUUUUAA